AUGCCCAGUCUUCAGGUUGGUCUUGAUGACCUGGAAGAUACCAACCCAAAUACACCUAAAUACGAAGAAAGCAGCCCGGCAAAGAGAAAGGCAAAGAGUCGCAGCAAGGGCGCGAAAAAGGCUAUAAAAGAAAAUAGCGAUUCACCCUCCACCAGUGCUCCUAGCUCUUCCACAACAGAACGGACUUCUAUGAUCGUCGGCGUCGAUUUUGGAACAACAUUCUCAGGCAUUAGCACAGUGAACUCGACAGACGACGUAGGUCUAGUGAAAGUGAUGCGUAACUGGCCCGGACUCAGCGAGAACUACGAUAAAGUUCCGUCCACUAUCUCCUAUGACAACGAAACGCCGAACUCGCCUUGUCGCUGGGGAUAUCAAGUUGGAGGAGAGAUGAAAUCUUCUACCUGGUUCAAGUUGCUCUUGGUCCAAGAUGCAGCCACGGAAGAACAUGACGACCCGUUGUUACGCCAAUGUGCCGGCAAAGGCCUUAUGCGGACCGUUGCGGGCAAACAACCUUCAGAAAUUUGUCGGGACUAUUUACGUUGUCUCUAUAAUCAUGUUUUAGAGACGCUGAAAAUGGAAUGCAGUGCGUCGGUACUUGGACUGACGCGACUACAUUUUGUCCUAGCAACGCCCGCAGGAUGGAAAGAUCAUGAAAGGGCUAGAAUCGAAAUCGCAGCCAAAUUAGCCGGCUUUGGCACUCGUCCAAAUGACAAAAUCACACUUGUUACAGAACCAGAGGCAGCUGCUUUAGCAGCAUUCGAUAAUUACCAGAGGAGGUUCGGCUUGAACAGUCCUCUCAAGGAAAAUACUCAUUCAAUAGUGGUUGACAUGGGUGGAGGCACUGUGGACCUUAUCACUUACAAGAUUACCGAUACCAAGCCAUUUACAGUCGAAGAGGCCUGCGUCGGGACAAGUGCGAAAUGUGGAGGCACCACUAUCGACCGCAACUUCCAUAUGUGGAUGGAAACGUCGUUUGGCGACGCUUUUAAAAAAACACCUGCCAUGCGGGUUGGACCUGGAAGUCAAUUUAUGGCAGGAUUUGAAAAGCUCAAGAGACAAUUCGACGGUGUUAGCGAAGGGCCAUUUCGUGUCUGCCUGCAUAUGAAACACGCAAAUUGCCAACGGUAUGCACGCGCCUACAACGAAGUGAUCAUAAGCAGAGAUGAGUUCGCUUCGAUGUUUCGGCAGGUCAUAGACCGUGUUAUUGCACUGAUCCAUGAACAGCAUAAGUCCGCUAGUGCAAAGGAUAAGAAUGUGCCAACCAAGACAAUAAUCUUGUGCGGUGGGCUCUCUGAAUCUGUCUACGUUUUUAAUGAGAUCAGAGAUGCAUGCAAGACACUAGUACCGGGAGCAGAGGUCAUAAAACCAGAAAAUGCAUGGUCUGCGAUUAGCCAGGGAGCUGCCCUGAAGAUUCUGCAACCACGUGUUGCGUCCCGGCGUAAUAGGAGGAGCUACGGAAUAUGCGUUCAUCGUAAAUUCAUCGAAGGACUGCACAGGGAGCAAGAUGCAUUUGAGAUUCAAGGCAUUGGAAAGCGGGUAGGCAAACUGAUGCACUGGCACGCUAUCAAGGGAGCAGCAACCAAAGCCAACAAGAAGGUUUGGCUCAAGACCCUCGUUGAACUUGGCGGGGUCAAUGGGGAGGCGGGCACGGUAGCCAUCUAUGCCAGCGAGGCUGAUGACCCGCCGAUUAGGGUGGACGAUCCACGCGUGUAUAAACUUGGAGAUGUGAAGUUGAGUUUCGCCAAUAUUCCUCACCCCGAGAAAAAGAAGGUCAGGAGCAGGUACUCUUGGGCUGGACGACAGAAUCAUUAUGUGCAGAAAGUCCACAUUGGCCAGGUAAUCCAGCCAGAGAGUAACACGGUCGAAUUCAUAGGUCGGGUUGGCAGGAAAUGUGUGGGAAUUAGGACUUUCAAAUAUGAGGACACCGGCGGCUCGACCCAAGGACCGUCUACUAGGUCAGAUGAGGAUGACAAUGACGAGGUCACAGGAGAUGAGGGCUUGAACGACGACGAACCCAUCGAAGAUAGCGAGGAAUCUGAAGAAGAGCUGUUCCUAAGAAACUGA